AACUAUUAUAUUUCCGCACGAUAUAUUUAGUAAUUUCACGCUGUGAUGAAAUGUCACAAUUUCAGUGGAUUUGUGCCAAUGAUAGAGAAAUCUAGCAAUGUGAAAAAUUGUGAUGUUCAUGCAAUUCGUAAUUUGUGAUAGUAAAAACGUUUUGUGUUUAAACGGAUAUAUUUAUCAAACUGUCUGUGGCAGAAAAGUUUGGGUGGAACAAAGAAAUCGAGUUGGAUGAUUUAACAAUUUUGAUCUGAGUCGGAGAUAAUUGGAGAUGAGCACACCGCCGCCGAUGCAGUUGGAGGUGGAAGUCGGUGACGAGUCUAUGGAAGAAGACGCCGCAGACAUGAUACCGGCUGACCGAUUUACGUUACCGGCACGAGCUGAUGCUGUCGUGGAGCUAUGGAGGACGAAGAUGGCGGAGGGUGUCCUAUCCCCAGCACACUUUCAGGACCACUGGCGCGUUACUGUACCAAGGAUCUAUUCGCCGCAGCCGAACAGAACGUGUCUGGAUUGGUCCUUCGACGAAGAAUUGGCAUCCAAAUUACUGAUACAACCCCUAGAACAGUUCGUGUGGGGUUCCGCAGAGAGUUCCGAACCACCGCCGCCUCGACGGUCCACGUUAUGUGGCCGUGUGUUCAAACAGGGAGAGCCGGCGUAUAGCUGCAGGGAGUGUGGUAUGGACAAUACAUGCGUUCUCUGCGUGGAGUGUUUCAAGGUGUCCGCGCACAGACAUCACAAAUACAAGAUGGGCCAGUCCGGGGGCGGCGGCUGCUGCGACUGUGGCGAUACCGAGGCCUGGAAGAGGGAUCCCUUCUGUGACCUCCACUCGGCCCCCGAUAGCGAAGAGCAGGCACAAGCCAACAUCGGUCCCGAAGUCCUUGAGCGAAUGAAGAUCGUGGCGUCGGUUUGUCUGUCUUAUUGCUUUAGACUGCUCACCCUUGACCAUGCGCCCGGACUGCCUAAUGAUUUGAUAUUGAAGGAUGCCGAGAAGGAUUUACUUCAAAUAUUGGAUCAACCAGAUUGCUAUUGCACUGUGCUGUACAACGAUGAAACUCAUACUUUCGAACAGGUGAUAACGACCCUCAACCGCGUGAUGAAGUGCAGCCACCGCGACUCGGUGGAGCUCGUGAGCCUCAUCGACCGCGAGGGUCGCGCGCUCGUCAAGUGCAACUCCUUCCAGCUCUGCGACAAGCUCAAGACCGACAUCGAGAUGUUCACGUCGCGGCACGGGCCGGCGCUCAAGGUGCUGGUGAUGCACGCGCACGUCGUCGCGCACCAGAUCUUCGCCAUGAAGCUGCUCACUUGGCUGCAAAACUUCGUGAGCCAGGAGCAGAGCCUGCGCCUGACGGUGAGCCAGGUGGCGCUGUCGGACGAGUCGUCGCUGGCGGGCUGGGCGCUGGCGGGCGGCGGCGCGGGGGUGGCGGCGGGCGUCAUGCAGAACGACUGCCGCAUGUGGAAGGCGGCGCGGACGGCCUGGCACCGCCUGCUCAUCGCCACCACGCUCAUGGACUACUCCACCAAGCGCGCCAUGGCCAUACUCUUCACCAAGAACUACGGUUCGAUCCUGAAGGACUUCAUUCGCGACGACCACGACCAUUCGUUCUCGAUCUCGUCGCUGUCGGUGCAGCUGUACACCACGCCCACGCUGGCGCACCACCUCAUCGCCAAGCACGACGCGCUCUUCGUCGUCAUGAAUACCUUCGUCAGCGAGUGCACGAGACGCUGCAACGCGGAGGGUCGUCUUGAAUUUGACAGGAACCAUAUCUCCACUGGAUUCAAGCGCGCUCAGUUCAUCCUCUACGACGUCAAGUACCUGCUGGGUUCCGUUCCCACCGUGUUCGAUGAAGAUUUGAGGAAAGGUUUCCUGCAUGGGUUGUCGCUGAUGCUGAACCUGCUCGUGAUGAUGCAGGGAAUGGACUCCGUAGUUAGACAAGUCGGGCAGCACAUGGAGUACGAGCCGGAGUGGGAGUCGGCCUUCAACCUGCACGUGAAGCUGGCGCACAGCAUCACGCUGGCGCUGGAGUGGUGCAGCGCCGAGCGCGCGCUGGCCGCCGCGGCCUACCGCAUGGCGCUGCGCCGCCACGCCGACACCUGCGCCGCGCACGCGCACGAGCUGCGCGAACUGAGCAACCAGAGCGCGUUCGUGAUCCCGUACGACGUGUCGAAGGAGCCGGUGUCGGUGCACCGGCCGCUGUCUCGGUUUCUGGCCGGCCUGCACCUGCAACUGCACCGCCACGGCCUCGCCUACCACAGCCGGGAAUUCGACCGACCGGACUCGCCCAAACCGACGCCGGAGGAGCUCAUCGAACCAGUUCUGCGCACGAUGUCGAUGAUCGCGCAGGUCCACGCCGGCAUGUGGCGGCGGAACGGAUUCGCUUUGCUGAACCAGCUCUACUUCUACCACAACGUCAAGUGCAGAGCGGAGAUGUUCGAUCGUGAUGUCGUUAUGUUUCAGAUUGGUGCUUCCUUAAUUGAAAGUAACGAAUUUAUAAUUCACGUAUUAAACAAAUUCAACCUGUUGGACUGGGCCGCAGCGGACUUUGAACAGAAGUCCAUUGAGGAUGAUACGUUAAGACACACCAUCAGCAUGGUCGAGGAGUUUCUGAGGCUGCUGAUUACAGUGGUAGGUUCUCGCUACAUGCCAGGUGUUGGCGAGGUGACCAAUGAGGACCGCACCAAGAAGGAGAUCAUACAGAUGCUCUGCGUCAAGCCUAUGCCGCACUCCGAACUAAAUCGAUCACUUCCCGAGGAUCAACUACACGAGACUGGUCUCGAGGCUGUGAUACACGAAGUGGCAGACUUUGUGAAACCGACCGGCGGAAAUAACCGUGGCGUUUACAAACUGAAACCUCAUCUCUACGACGAGUAUGACACGUUCUUCUAUCACUACACGCGGGAAGAACUUUCCAGAAGCGAGGAAGAACAGAGGAACAGACGGAAAGCCGCAGGUUUACCAGAAUGUUGCCCGCCUCCGUCGCUGCCCAAGCUGUCGGCGCCCUUCCGCCUGUUGGCCAACCUGCUCCAGAGCGACGCCGCACUGCACGUGCUGCGCUGCGUGCUGGAGCGGGCUCUCGACCUGCGGGCUCGAUCCUUCUCCGAGCCCCAAGUGCACAAGGCGCUGCACCUGAUCGGCUACGCGCUGCGCGACGAGGAGAGCGGGCACUACGAGUUCCUGGCCUUCGCCGAGAGCGCGGCGCGCAGCGGGCUGCUGGCGCUGCUGCAGCGCCUCGCCGCCAGCCCGCGCGUCGACGCGCACCGCGCGCUGGCCCGCUGGCUGCUGCAGCGCAUGCGGUCGUUGUUGGGGCAGGGAGACGAGAACUUGGACGUUGAAAACAUGGAAACCGACCAGGAGGAGAAACCGCCUAGCGACGAAACGGCCGAUGCUGAAAAGGCUCGUCGCGCGAAGCUAGCGGCCGAGAGACGCGUCAAGCUGAUGGCGCAAAUGAAGGCUCAGAUGAACAAGUUCAUAUCGAACAAUGCUACACUUUUCCAGGAAACCACGACUGAGGUAACAGAGGAGGAGGAAAAGCAGGACUUGUUGCCACUCUACCGCGGGGCGGCGCUCGGCGUGUGGGGGGGCGGCGUCAGCGAGCCUCCCCGAGUGUGCAUCAUGUGUCAGGAACAGGCUCGUGUGGAGGCCAUGUCGGAGCCGCUGGUGCUAGUAGCCUUCGCGCAGCAUUCGAGCGUCCUCAACCGCAAGGGAGCGGGCGUGGGGGGCCUCGACACGACGUGGCGCAGCGCGUGGCCCCCCACGGGGCUGGGCCCGCAGCCGCACGUGUCGUGCUGCGGACACGCGCUGCACGCGCGCUGCUGGCGCAAGUACGUCGACGGGGUGCUCGACAAGGAGAAGCUGCGUCCGUACCGCAUCCGGCAGCCGGCCGCGUUCGACGUAGAAAAGAAGGAGUACCUGUGCCCGCUGUGCGAGCGGCUGUGCAACACGGCGCUGCCGCUGCUGCCGGCGCCGGCGAUGCCCGCGCGCCCGCCCCCGCCGCUGUGCGAGCACGUGUUCAGCGACGCCGCAGAGCUUAUCCUCAAGCUGAAGCACCAGGUGUGCUCCGAGUCCGUGCACCUGUGCACGGAGUACUGCGAGGAAAUGCACUGCACGGCGCGCGCGCGCAGCGUGGGCGCCGUGUCGUCCGACAUGGAGGACGAGUCGGCCGACGAGACCGAGGUCUACGUGUCCACGCACGCAGAGAACCUGCUGCCCGCAGAGUUCCUCACGCACUUCGACUGCGACCUGCCCGACUACAACGACACCACCAAGACGCUGGUCGAGGACUUCGCCAAGAUGCUUCCAGGAAUUUGUGGUCUAAUAGAAUCGGGCGGUAUGGUGUCCGUAGCUGCCCUGUACCGAGCCACCUCUUAUACCAUCAUGAGCACCGACGCGGUCCUCCAGGCUGAGAGUCGACCGCUGCUCGGCGAUCUGCCUUCGAGACAUCGGGAUGCAUUGCAAGCACUCAUACGUCUAGCUGCAGUGGUCCCGACGAUAUGGUCCUCACCUAAGCACAUCUCCCACCACGCCUUAAGCACUUUGAGUACUCUAGAAAAAACAUCCCCCCUUACACACGAAGUCUUCGGGACUCUAGUUGCCUUAGUCCUCACCGCUCCCUCAUUAUUCUGCAAAACAGCAGGCCCCGCCCGUCCCACACACUUAGCGAGGCAAAUAACACUAGAGGCAUUCAGGGCGACAUUAACCAGAGCCCUGAUAGCUACUGACGUCACUUCCUGCACCAGCGAAACUAUGGACGGCACGGAACCAGCUAGGAAACCGGACAUAGAAAACUUACUAUCAUUUAUGAAAGAAUUGCGGAGAGGGAAGCUCGAAAUUGAAAAAUUAAGUCCUAACGAAGUCUGGGAACGCAUAAAAAAACAGUGUCAUAACUUCUUGAGAUGCUGUUGUCUGUUCUACCAUUUCUUGAGUGAUAUUCAACCUCCAUCGGAACUAACCGUGGUGGGCGGAGACAGUUGGGAGACGAUGUGCGGAUACUUAGACUUGCCCAGCACAUUCAGAGAUCUUAUAGAUAACAUUUUAGCAAGAAAGAAGGCCCUCGCCUGGGCGGAGCUAUCGACCGAGUGGUUCAACGGCGAUCUAUCUCCGAAAAUAGUACUCGAGCCGAGCGAACCCCCGCGGCUGAUCGGGCUGCCCGACGACUUCUCGGAGCUGAUGAACGUGGUCUCCGAGUUCUCCUGCCCGAACUCCGAGCGGGAGGACAGCAAAAACCCGACGAUGUGCCUCGUCUGCGGCCAGAUACUGUGCUCGCAGAGCUACUGCUGCCAGGUCGAGAUACGCAAGGGCGGGCGCAGCGCGGGCACGGAGCUGGUGGGCGCCGUGGUGGCGCAUGCGCUGCAGUGCGGCGCGGGCGCGGGCGCCUUCCUGCGCGUGCGCGAGUGCGAGCUGCUGCUGCUGGCGGCACCGGCGCGCGGCGCCAUGCUGCCGGCGCCCUACCUCGACACGUACGGCGAGACCGACCAGGGCCUCCGGCGCGGGAACCCGCUCCAUCUGUGCCCCGAGCGCUACGAGCACCUCCGCAUGCUGUGGCUGAGCCACGGCAUACACGAGAGGAUCGCGCGAGGGCUAGACACCAACAUGCUGGUCACCACCACCUGGCAAAACAUGUGAAAAUGUGACGCCCCCGCGGCAUCAUGUGCGGUCGCGACGUGACGCGACGACGAGUUCGACCUCGUGACGUUGCAGGAGCAACUUUAAUAUGAGAAUUGGUUUCGAUAGAUGUAUCGAUUCGAUCCAGGAGCGGAAAUUCGGUUUCGGAAGGCGCAUCGGAUUGCUUUUCCUUCUCUUACCUUUGGACGUAGUUACGGAAAUAAUAAAUAACCAACAUUGCCUAAACACGAGAUUAUUAUUUAAUUAAAUCUGUAACAGAAAGUACUAUAAAAAAAAUAACGUAGCUAUGCUAUACUAUACAAAGGGUUUGUUAUAUUUCUAUACAUUUAUGUUAAUUUUUAAAAACAUAAUUUUUAUAUAGUUUUGUUUCUGCGACUGCGUCCAAUUCUAUAAGAAGUGAUAUUUUUUUUACCGUUUUUAUAGAACAUUAUAAUUGUGCCCCGUUAAAUAAUAAACAAGAUUGAAUUUAUCGCUAAAGAUCUCUCGUAAUUACCAAAUAGUUAAAUAUAAAAUUGAAGAUAAUGGUUACGAAUACGAUUGAACUGUGAUAAGCCGUGACUGGCUUUUAACAUGCACGGACGUGCGUACUCAUAUUGAUAAUUUUUCAAAGGGUUAGUUUGUAGAUCUUUAUAGUAAUAAUUUAACAUAAGUCCGGAUCUAAAUUGUGUUAUUAGAAAUACGAAAUACAUAAUUUUCGUAUCGUUUCAUACUAGCUGACUGUAGACAGUGUUGUGAGACCACAUUAUAGAAUAAGGUCGGAUUAUGCUUGAAAUUAAUUAAAAUAAUUUCAUAUUAAAACGAUAUAAUUUGGUGUAAAACGUAAGAUUUUAAAAUUCGUUCGUUGCCUAAUUGUUUAAGAUAUAGUUGUUACACAGAUAAUAAAUAAUUAGCUAUUUAAAUAUUUAAUAAAAAUUUAAAAAAAUUAAAAUUCGAUAAAAAAAUCUUGUCGCGAUUUGCGAUAUUAAUUUAAUCGAAACGUGUACAAGGGUCGUUGAUCGCUGAGGUCAUUAGCUAUACGCAUACAAACACGCUCUCGAGAAAAUCUAUGACAAAUAUUUUUUUUUGAUUUAACGUAUUUAUUAAAUGUUUGUUAAUUGUGUAAUAAUUACAUGCUGUUUCGUCUAACCCUUUAAAAUAAAUUGUUUUGUUUUAAAGUAAAUCUUGUUUGUAAUAUUUUUUAAUAAGGAUAUAUUAUAUAGGUUUCCUAUUAAAUUGUUGUGGGUGGCUCUAGCCCAAGCCGAGGGAUUCCCCUUUAAAUUGUGUAUACGCACAAAUUACAUUGUUGAUAUAAAAGUCGUGUUUAAUAAAUGUAACAUUGAAUUUGUAUGUUCGUGUUUUCAAAUAAAUUAAUUGCUUCGUUUAUUUUUGAUUUGUUUUAAAUGUAUCAUAUUUAUUUACAUCUUGAUAUUGAAUGUAUGUAAAUAAUUUAUAUUCUUCGAAAUUGCAAAAUAAUAAAACUAUAAAUAUUGGUUAUUUAUUUACAUUGUUUUACCAUUAUCAGAAAAUAUAACAAAAUAGCUAUAAUAUGCUAUGAAAAUUUUAUGCCAAAAACCUUUAAAUAUAUUUUAAAACACUGAGAUUGUAAAAAUAUAGUUCAUUAUCCGAAAAAAAACCUAUAAGAUGCGUCUUUGUCUACAUAUUUUUAUAAUUAUAAAAAAAAAUUGGUCGUUAAAUAAAAUCUUUAGUUGUGAUUUUAAAUUGUAUAUAUACAUAUAUAUAUACAUACAUAUAUAUAUAUAUAUAAUUUUAUUGUGUUCGUGCAAUAAAGAACCUAACUUUAUUUUUGUGUGAUUUCUAAUGUAGCUAGUAAAGUAGAAUAGUCCUUCAAAUAUAACGUUUAUUAUCGCUGAACGGUUGUACAAAGAUAACACCAAUUAAAUCUUAUUGUCUAUUACACAA